UUAGGGAAGAUUAUGAUAGCACUUGUUAAAUUUUGAAAUUGGCAGAAUGAACUUCUGGUAAUAAUUUUGUAGAAAAUUAAGCAUGUUUGGAUCUAUUAAGUUAUUUAUCUAUUUGAUUAUUAAUUUCAUAGCUUUUUAGCUUUAUCAGGCUACUGUUCCUUUAUUAACAGAAAAUCUAGGUAUUAUAGCAUCUUUAAGAAAGAAAAAAAUAAUACUAUAUAUUUUGUGAUACCUUUAAAUUAACCCAAACAGCGUAAACUUUCUUCUUUAAACUCUUUUUCCCAUUCCCAAUACAAAACUCAAACCAACACUUACAAACUGAGGCUUACUCAAGUCCUUCCAAAAUCUAGAGGUGCUUAAGAAUGAUAUCGAGGAACAAAGGACUAAGGAGAGCACUCUAAAUGUAACCACAGACCAAAAAGAUUUCCUCAACACAAUGUCCAAACGGCUAAAGAAUAAGAGAAGUGGAAGCGUUCAAGAGCAAAGACCUAUUAAUCUUAAUAAAAGCCAAAAUGUUUUACUUUUGAAAGAACUAGAUAAGAGCAAAACUAAUGAUGCUCUUAAACCUUCGAAAUUGAUUCCUUCAAAAGGAAAUAAAUUUAAGAUUAUAAAGGUUAAGAGAAAAUCAGUGAUAGGAAUAAACUCAAAAUUUAAGAACAAACCCUUGACAAAGCUUACAAAGAUAAAUAAAAAGAGCAUAUCGAGCCCUUCUGGAAGUUUUUCUGACAGAGAAGAAUCUGAUAAAUAAAACCAAUGCUAAAAUUAAAGAGGGUAGGAUACCUACUUUGAGUACAAACCAAAUGACAAUGAGCCCUCAAGAAUUUCUUAAUAUACCGAAUCUUAAUCAGGAAAAUCCAAAGACAACAAUUAAUGAAAGCUCUUCAAGGACAAAUUAUCUUCAUCAAAACUCAUUUAUCUCCAAUAACUCCUCAAGGAAUUCAAGUUCUAUUAUCUUUCGUAGAAAAAGUAACCGGAUUUCAAAAAUAAACAAGCAAAAUCUUAAAAUUGAUACUGGCUGAAGCAAAAGUGCUACUUUAAAGUAUAACUUAAGUUCUAAUCAGUUGAAUGUCUCUGAUAUAAAUAAAGACAAUUAUCAGUCUUCAAGAAUUAAGAACCCUCCAAAGUCCCCACUUAAACCAGACUUGAAGCCUAUCAAGAAACCUAAGAACACUUGUGUGGUCAAUGACAUCUUUUAUUCGAUGCUAAGAGUAGAUGACUUGAUCUCUUGCCAGCCAGCUUCUUCUGAAACACACAACCAGAUGACUGCAAUUAAGUCUUACCUCAAGCAAUAUUCAGAUAUCUUUAAAAGAACUCAGAAAGGGCUACUCCAGAUGGAAAUUAAAGAAGCAGACAACCUCUCACAGCUUACUCUAUUUUUUAACAAGCUAAGAAAGGAGCUAGAUUUUAAAGAAGAAUUAUUGAAGAUUAAGUACAAAAGUAUGGUGAACUCUUAUGAAACAUCACUUCGCAUGGACUUAGAGUUCCUUGAAAAGAAAUGCAAGCACUUAUGAGAAGUAAUAGACUCUUACUCUCAGCAAUCCAAAACUCCUACGAAGACUGAGCCCAAUCUUUCAGAAGAUUUCAUGAAUAAUUACAACCUAGAGUCAAUCUUAUUAAAAGAAAAAGCAGGGACUUAUAAAUUACUUAACAAAAAAUUCACUAUCCAUACUGAGACUUCCUUCCAGUGUCCAACUGUAGAGUGUGACUUCAGAAGAGUGAAAAGUUUCAUUGAUGAGAUCGAUGUGAUUUCUCACUCAACAACUAAGAUUCCUGAUUUAAAAAGGGAUACUUUGGAUAGCUUUAAUAAGGAAGAAAAUAGUAGCAAAGGAUCAGAUACUGGCCGCAAAACCCAUUGUAGUGUCAGACUUGAAGUAGGGAUGUUAGAGGAAAAUGAAAAUUCAGAAAUUUCUUCAGAGAGUGGAAAUAGAAGCGUGGAUAUCACCCCAAGUCAGAGGAAACAUUAGUGACCAGUUAAUUUUGGAAUAAAGAAGGUCUGAAUAGCUAAUUAUUGCUAAUUACCUUUUCUCCUAGAAAAAUCUAAAUUCCUAUUCUUUCUUUAAUAAAUACUCAUUUAACAAUAAAAGAACCAUGAUAAAAUACUUAAUAUUUUACUUUUAUAUUAGUUAAAAUAGCUAGCGAUUCUGUUUGAACCAAGUGGCCCAACAAUGAGUUUGACGAAAUAGGAUGAACGAAUAAUUUACUAAUAUUCUAAAAAAGAGUUUUGAACUUCUCCUGAAAUUAAGCCAGGAGCAGCUGCCAAGCAUCGAAAGAGUACCAGAAAGAGGCAGAAGAGAAUAUUAGGGGAUUAGCCAGAGGUGGUGAGGUCUAACCUUCUAAUUAUGUAAGGCAGAUCAAAAGAUGAAAAGAAAUGGAUUUCUAGGGAAUAAAAGAGCAGAUGGAAGGAGCGAUAGGAAAAAAUUCAUGGACCAAAUAUCUCAUAGUCCAAAUCAGAAGGAAAGUAGAAAAUAUAAUUUCCAACUGGAAUACAAGGGGUGGAAAGAAAAGAUCUAAAGGCCUCAAAAGUGCAAAUAUUUGAUCUACAAUUGUCAGAAUGAAAAGGCAAUUAGAACUCUUUGUGUUAGCUCAAGCAGGCUAAAAGCAGCUUUCAAGAAGUUAGCUUUUGGUCAAGAAUUACCAAGCAUCUGCAAAACUGCUGAGGAGUUGUGAUUCUAGAGAUGUAAUUUGAGCAGUCAACCAAAAAGAAGAAUUUUAUCAGAUUUAUUUGACAGUAUGAGUUAUGAAACAGUGAAAAAUCAUAACUAAUUGGAAUAUUCUCUAUAAUAUUCUGGUUCUUUGUAUUUUGCACUGUAAUUAGAAAAUUGAUUGUUACAAUUUGAAUGUUCUUUAGUGUUCAUACAAGCCUAGCAAUAUUUCAGCUAGAAUUAAAGAAACUAUAAAGAACUUGAUGAGAUCACCACAUCCUUUAUCCUAUUUUCUCAACUUCUUUUAUUAACCAUACGCCACCAGUAGGAGUGAUUAGAAUUUUUAUGCUUAUAAAUUUACAUGCUGAGUAUCAUUUCAUGAAUCUUUUAUUAGUACCUUCGAUUCUAUUUCACCACAUCUAGAUACUAUCAUCAGAAAGUUCCUUGCCUUCUUUAGUAUCAGAAGUUCGAAAACUUCGUUUUGAUUAGCCCUCUUCUAACUCUAGGUCGGACUAAAAGUCAAGUAGAACUACCCCAUCCUAAAUUUUAACGAAUUCUGUGCUGAAAUUUCCUCUAAAAUACAGUGCCUUUUAACUAAUUAAAUAUUUUAAUUU